GCGGGGCAUGAUAACAGUCCGGUUUGCCGAUCCAGUGUCCACUGACAGAGACUGGAAAGAGUUCAUUGGCAGGUUUCCAUGUGUGUGGAUGAAGAAGCACUUUGGCAAUCCAAAACUGAAUGCUGAUUACUCUCCCAUUUUUGACUGGCAUGUUUGGGUGUGACAAAGUGUAAAACUGAUAACUGUUGGAGAAGAAGAACGACACAGCAGAAGGCCAGAGAAACACGUAACGUAACUGAGGGAGUUCCUGACGACGAACAGAGCACGGGAAAACUGUGUGAAGGAAGGAGAAGGGGAGCGGAGAGAAACAUAUUGAAGGAAAGACAGAAACACUGCAGAUAUUCAGAAGAGUGAAGGAUAGAGAGUCACAUAAAGAAGAGAGACGACAGAAGAAAAACGUGGCCAAGCAUGAGAGAGGAGGAGCAGUCUAAUGAUGACCACCCUGAGGGAGGGGUGGUUUUCAGCAAGGAGAAAACGGGAAGAGCACCUUCUAAUGCAUGUCCCGUUGUUGUAGCAACGCCGGGGGUCACCGGGCGUAAAAGGCAGACAGGCUCACGUAUGGAGGAUCAAUUUUCCUCAGUUACUCCCACCACAUCAGCAGACGAUGGCAAGGUCAAGCCAGGGGAUGGAAUCCAAAUCUAUACCCCGACUGGACCCAAAAGACUCAAGAGGAGUCCACAGCAUCGGCCACCCUCCUCAGGUCCGUCCCUUUCUCCUAUCGCCGGUCCUAGUCCUGGAGGUCUGUCAGCCCUUGAGGACCCACAUGCUCAGCGGGUGAUUGCCAACAUCCGGGAGCGCCAGCGGACACAAUCUCUGAAUGAAGCUUUUGCCUCGCUGCGUAAAAUAAUCCCUACACUCCCCUCUGACAAACUGAGCAAGAUCCAGACCCUUAAGUUGGCAUCACGCUACAUUGACUUCCUGUACCAGGUACUUCAGAGCGAUGAGAUGGACACUAAGCUGGCUGGAUGUAACUACCUGGCCCAUGAAAGACUGAGCUAUGCCUUCUCUGUCUGGAGGAUGGAGGGGGCCUGGUCGACCCUGUCUGCUGGUCACUAACCCUUCCUGAAAGCAAGAUUUGUCUUUUGACUGAUGCCCUAAAAUGUAUUCUAAAUUCCUCAUGACGGAAAUAUUCUUACUUGACACAGACAGCUGACCAAUGGCCGACCAGUGGACUCACACUAUUUAACACCACAAAGUAAAUCUUCUGUUUGCCUCAUUGGAAUGACUAAUGACACUUGAUGAGAAGAUAUUUUGAAAUUUUCAUAUCACAAAGGAAGACAGGACAGGCGAGAGACAAAAACGGCUGGACUUCAUUCAACAUUCAUUCAAUUCAACAAGCUGAUGGUUAAGGACGCCCUGUCCUAAAUGUUGCCUCCACGUACAGCAUGGCUCAUUCUGCUGGAGCCCUCUGACCUCUCGGCUUUUUUGGGUUCCGAAGCUUGACCUCUGGUUUCAUCCUCAUCAACACCCUUGAUUUUAUCACCGUAAAUGCCAUCAGUGUCAUCAUCAUCAUCAUCAUCAUAGCUGCUGAAUAAAGUGACUGUGAUCUUCCCUGUACAUCUCUACUACUUGCUACCAUAUCUGCCAUUCUAAUCACAUGGACUUUGAUGAAAAUGGAAACCUCUAGGGACCUCACUUUUGGAUGAAAAAGACUAAGAAAAAUGAAAUGCGUUUUGAUCAGGAUGAAGAUUGACAUUGCGGAAAGGGGAUAUUUCUUUCAUCGGGAAGAAAUUGACAAUACAAGUCAAGCUGGAGCAGUUUUUUUGUUUUAAACUAUUUUCUCCUAGAUAUAGGAUUCUAAGGAAGCAUAUAUAAUAUCUGUCAAUGGAAAAAGACUUAACUUGCAGUUAGAGCAAGAGUUCAGUCUCAGCAAGCAUUUACUUGAAGUAUAUAAGGUGUGGUGCUUUCCGAAAAUUCACUGACACUGAUACAGUUAUAAAUAUUCCUAGCAGAAUUCGAUUUAGUGAUACAUACAGCACACGUAUUUCUCUGAAAAAUAAAACUGUCUUCAAACUUUUCCUGAGGUUCCUGUUGUUUUGCUAAAACUGGUUGAUGAAAGGUGCAGAGAUUUAUACUGGCACCACACCCUCUUUGUCUCCUGUCUCUCUUGUUAAACUGUCUCUCUUGUUUUCCCUUCCUUCCUCCUUCCCCCGGUCUUUUUUUUUUUUUUAAUGAGGUCUGUGUGCCUUUGCCUGGUCAGUCAGGAACAGUUAAUUCCUCCAAAAAGAACACAUUAAUGUGCAAUUAAGGGCUCUGGGAAUAUUUAUAGCCUGUUUGGACUUAAAUUUUAAAUUGUAGCCUGAUCUUUUCAGUUGUGUAUCUUAAUGCUCGAGCAAGCGUUCCAUCAUUAAAACUUUCACCCAAGUUUGGAGGAGAAAAAAAAAAGGAGUAAACAGUGAAAAAAAGAUUAGUAUAGCUGAACUAAACUGAUUGUGUUAGAGUAACUUGCUAUUGUAAUUAAGUGUCACCAAAUG